CAGCAGGUUGGGCCUCUAGGCUGGUAAGGAAUAAUGUCUAACAACAUGGCCAAAAUUGCAGAGGCCCGCAAGACGGUGGAGCAGCUUAAACUGGAAGUGAACAUUGACCGUAUGAAGGUGUCCAAGGCAGCAGCUGACCUACUGGCUUACUGUGAAGCCCAUGCCAAGGAAGAUCCACUGGUGACCCCGGUGCCCUCUGCGGAGAACCCUUUCCGUGAGAAACGUCUCUUUUGCAUAGUGCUGUGAACCUGGGGAUACAAGAUCCGGGCCAAGAUGAAGAGGGAAGGAAGGCAGGGGAUUCCAUUUUUAUCUUCACUUGAUAAGUUUGC